CAACAAACAACUCGAUACCAAACUCUCAUAAUAUCGAUUAUGAGCAUGGAACAACCUUCAUCAACAAAUCCUGCUUUCGGGGAGGCCAAAAAAGCCCUUGCUCCUUAUAUUAGAACCCGACAGGAGGUAGCCCAUAUCAGGCGUGUACUGGCCCUCCAUCUCAAGUCCCAAGUGGAUGAUAAAGGAGAUGCCAAGCUACUUGCGCCUAUUUCGCUGGCCUGCGAAUCAGCAAACAAACUCCCAACUACGUCCGGCACUCAUGGGCUGCGGAAAGAAUACCUGAGGGCACUAAAAGCAAACGUCAAAGCCCGCCAAGAAUUUGCCAGACUGACCACUGAAUCACAAAUCACCAGGGAGAAGGAAGUGGAAGAGAUAUCUCUUGGCCCCUAUUUAGCCCUGGAAAAGCAGAAGCAAAAACUCGAGCGCUUGCGCAUUCUUCAAAAAUACGUUGAUAGUUUAGCAAUCAAAACCCCUGCUUUUGCAUCGUUCCUCGAACAACCUGCCGCUAGUAUUGAAGCGCUUCCACAGCUUCCAGAAGAAGCUAUCGCGUCAGCAGCCCGUAGUGGCUCAGAAUAUUCUGCGGUCAAUCUAGAUGACCUGAUUCAAGACUUGGAGAGGGAUGUACUUCGGGCCAAAUUGCUUCUCAAGUCCGAGAAAGAGCUGCUGGCCAAAAUCCAGGCCGAGCAACAGAAGCAGCUGCAGCGAAAAAGCUCGUUAAAAGCCGCGGAGCCCGACCAGACUUUAAAGGCGCUUGAGAAGACUAGAAACGAGCUGAUCAGUUGGGUGGAAGAGGAAUUAGGCAAGGCCGGGGAUUCAGAUGGUCAGCCCGAGAACCCCUCGAAACCUCGUGAUUCAGAAGUAUCUAUCGAGCAAGCCGUCACUGAAGUCAGAGAGAAAUAUGCACGUUAUCUCAGGGAAAGGAAAGGCCUUUUAGAAGCCCUCGCAAGGCCUGCUGUCCCAGACAUCGCGCCAAAAACCGAAGAUAAGGACAUUCCACAAGAACCUCUGAACACCACUGAAGUUGGCGAGAUGGCCGGAUUCAUCACCCCCUAUCUGUCCGAGCUACUCGCAAUCUCUCGCGAACAGAAAUCCCUCAGUCAGCAGCGCUCCCAUCUUACUACCAGCCUGGCCAAGCAAAACAAGGAGACGAUCCAAGUCUUUGAUCGCCUGGCGGAAGAGAGCCACCUGCUUCCUAAAUACCAAUUACCCCAGAAACGCGGCCGCAAAGGGACCGGGACCUUUGCCGAGGAAGUUAACAUGGCUGUUAAGGAGAGUCCUGGCGUUAGCCACAGAGCUGAAGAAUGGACAUAUGCCGCCCAGGCAUCGAGUAUAGAUACCAUGGAAGCUGUGUGCGUGAACGUCGAUGAAGGAAAGACAGCUUUGGAGGAAGCGAAGAAAGCUCUGGAUAGGUUGGACCAGAUGCUGGGGUAUAGCGCCCGGAAGACUGGGAAGGGAGACAGCAGUGGCGGAGAUAUAUGGUUACAGGAGGCAGAAAGUGGAGGGGCUAAGGACGAGAAUACGAACAUAUGGAGCACCCUGGAUGGACAACUCGGCGUCCUCUAGGCAUGAUCAGGAACAAAGUGUUGAGAUUCGACGCGGAAACUAUCUUUGAGAAUGGGGCAGAAGGGAAAGGCAAAAGGUAUCAUGGAGAUACUGUACCUGCAAUGCCAGAAUGGCCAGCCACACCAACUUCCUUACCACGAGCUAGAGGAAACUUUGGCAACGAAGGGGUACCAUCCAUCCUGGCAAGUAUUAUUGGCUACAUCCCAAUGAAAUAACAAAUUUGGGUGGUUUGGCAAAAAUAUUAUACAUAACUCCGUGUUCCUAUGAGGUUGGCGUCGUGCUUUGCCCCAUAGUGGACCAAAAAUUCCUUGUGGGAUGAGGUAGUCAGUGUCAUGUUAAUACCGGGCUGCUGACGGCGAAAGACUGGAGCUGAGAUGAUACAUAGUUUUGUCAACAAGGACAAGUUCGAGCUAGAGAGCAUCGACGUAGAUAGAACAAUAAGCGGAGAUGUUAAAUGGCACAUGGAUAUAAGUCGAGAAAUAUAUCAAAAAUCAAACGG